GAAAAUGGCGGCGGCGGCGGGGAAUCGCACCUCGUCGUCAGGAUUACCGGGCUCCGCGGCGGCGGCGGCUAGCCCUGAAGCCGGCGGCGGGCUCCUGCGGGACGCGGGCAGCGGGGGCCGCGAGCGGACGGACUGGCGGCGGAGGCAGCUGCGCCAAGUGCGGAGCGUGGAGCUGGAGCCUCCGCUCUUCCCCGCCUCCCCGCCGCCCUCCUCGGCGUCCCCCUCCCCGGAGCCCGGGGACCCUACGCUCCCGGGGCCGCCGGCCGCUGUGGGGGGCGGCUUCCAGUCCGCAGCGCCUCCGCCCCCGCCGCCGCCGCCCGCUGCUCCCCUCGCCCGCGGCGCUUGCCAGUCCCCCGAGCUGCUGCCGCCGGACAGCGGCGCACAGAGCCCGGCGGGAGCCGAGUCCGGAGACCGGAGGGCGGCCCCGAGCGAGCCACCGCCCGCAGCUGCCGGUGCCCCCGCGAGUCGAGAUAUGGAGAAUAAAGAAACUCUCAAGGGAUUGCAGAAAAUGGAUGACCGCCCAGAAGAACGAAUGAUCAGGGAAAAACUCAAGGCCACAUGUAUGCCAGCCUGGAAACAUGAAUGGCUAGAAAGGAGGAGUAGGAGAGGCCCUGUGGUGGUAAAACCAAUUCCUGUCAAAGGAGAUGGUUCUGAUAUCAACAAGUUAACACCAGAAUCUCAAACUGAAGGGCAUACAAAUACUUCUUCACCUACUCCAAAAGGAAGGCGAAGUCCUUCUCCAAGUAGCUCUUCAUCUUCAAAUCGUACUGUUAAAUCAGAAUCUCCUGGGGUAAGAAGAAAAAGAGUAUCUCCAGUGCCUUUUCAGAGUGGGAGAAUCACACCACCCCGAAGAGCUCCAUCCCCAGAUGGCUUCUCUCCAUAUAGUCCUGAGGAAACAAAUCGCCGAGUCAACAAAGUCAUGCGGGCCCGGUUGUACUUACUGCAGCAGAUAGGACCCAACUCUUUCCUCAUUGGAGGAGACAGCCCAGAUAAUAAAUACAGGGUAUUUAUUGGGCCUCAGACCUGCAGCUGUGGGCGUGGAACAUUUUGUAUCCAUUUAUUAUUUGUUAUGCUCCGAGUAUUUCAACUAGAAUCCUCAGAUCCAAUGUUGUGGAGGAAAACUUUGAAAAAUUUUGAGGUUGAGAGUUUGUUCCAGAAAUACCACAGUAGGCGUAGCUCAAGGAUCAAAGCUCCAUCUCGUAGCACCAUCCAGAAGUUUGUAUCACGCAUGUCAAACUCUCAUACAUUGUCAUCAUCUAGCACUUCUACAUCUAGUUCAGAAAACAGUAUGAAGGAUGAAGAAGAACAGAUGUGCCCCAUUUGUCUAUUAGGGAUGCUUGAUGAAGAGAGCCUUACAGUAUGUGAAGAUGGCUGUAGGAACAAGUUGCACCACCACUGCAUGUCAAUUUGGGCAGAAGAAUGUAGAAGAAAUAGAGAGCCUCUGAUAUGUCCUCUUUGUAGAUCCAAGUGGAGGUCCCAUGAUUUCUACAGUCAUGAAUUGCCAAGUCCUGUGGAUUCUCCUUCUGUUCUCCGAGCUGCCCAACAACAAACUGUACAGCAGCCACCUUCUGUUGGAUCACAAAGAAGAAAUCAGGACAGUAAUUUUAACCUUACUCAUUAUGGAGUUCAGCAGAUCCCUCCUGCCUACAAAGAUUUAGCUGAGCCAUGGAUUCAGGUAUUUGGAAUGGAGCUUGUGGGCUGCUUAUUUUCUCGAAACUGGAAUAUAAGAGAGAUGGCACUCAGGCGUCUUUCCCAUGAUGUUAGUGGUGCUCUGCUGUUGGCUAAUGGGGAAAGCACUGGAAAUUCUGGGAACAACAAUGGAAACACCCCAAGUGCUGGAGCAGCAAGUGGGUCAUCUCAGGCCGGUGUCUCUGGAGACAUUGUUGUGGAGGCUUGCUGCAGUGUUCUGUCAAUGGUGUGUGCUGACCCUGUCUACAAAGUCUAUGUUGCUGCUUUAAAAACAUUAAGAGCCAUGUUGGUGUACACUCCUUGCCAUAGUUUGGCAGAAAGAAUAAAACUUCAGAAACUUCUUAGGCCAGUUGUAGAAACCAUAUUAGUCAAAUGUGCAGAUGCCAAUAGCCGCACAAGUCAGCUUUCAGUUUCAACACUGUUGGAACUCUGCAAAGGCCAAGCAGGAGAACUAGCAGUUGGCAGAGAAAUACUUAAAUCAGGAUCCAUUGGUAUUGGUGGUAUUGAUUAUGUUUUAAAUUGUAUUCUUGGAAGUCAAACUGAAUCAAGUAACUGGCAAGCAUUAUUGGGGCGCCUUUGUCUUAUAGACAGAAUGUUGUUGGAGUUUCCUGCAGAAUUUUAUCCCCAUAUUGUUAGUGGAGACGUCUUACAAGCUGAUGCUGUAGUAGACAGAUAUAAGAAGCUGCUGUCCCUCUUGAACUUUGCUUUGCAAUUCAUUGAUAAUUCCCACUCAAUGGUUGGUAAACUGUCCCGAAGAGUGUUUUUAAGUGCUGCAAGAAUGGUUGCCAGAGUACCCCAUGUGUUUUUAAAACUCUUGGAAAUGUUGAGUGUUAUAAGCUCUACACAUUACACAAGGAUGCGUCGUCGUUUGAUGGCUAUUGCAGAUGAGAUGGAAAUUGCUGAAGCCAUCCAGCUGGGCAUGGAAGACUCUUUGGAUUGCAGGCAGGAUGGCUUUUUGCAGCCAUCCGCCCCAGAUAACUCCCCAGAAACAACAGAAAACAAUUCUCCUCAGCACACAGUCCAGCUAGAGAAAACCGGAAAACCUUUGUGUGAUGCAAAAUCAAGUGCCAGUCCAGAAGAGAUCUCAGACGCCUUGGCUGGCAUUUCUGUGGGACUUCCCGGUUCAGUAACAAUGGAGCAACCAAAGCCAGCCCUUCAGACGAAAGGUAGACCCCACAGUCAGUGUUUGAACUCUUCUUCAUCCAGCCAUCCCCAGUUAUUGUUCCCAGCUUUGCCCUCCCCUCCUUCCUCUGCCCCAUCUGUACCAGCUGGCUCUGUAACAGAUGUCUCUAAACCCAGAACUCAGGGAUUUGUUCCCUGCAAAGUACCCACAGCUUCUCCACAAAUGCAAAGAAAAUUUUCUCUACAGAUUCUUAGAAACUGUUCUGAAAUCAAAGAACCAGAUAAACUUUCCCCAGUUUUUACGCAGGCAAGGCCCCUGCCUUCCAGUCAGAUACACAGGCCAAAGCCAUCUCGCCCCACUCCAGGAGAUGUGCACAAGCAGGGAGAAGUCUCCAAAAGUAGCAUGACCCUGGACCUGAACAACAUCACCCAGUGUGAUGGUGGCGGCGCCAUCAUCCCCAGUGAAGAGACGGUGUUCACCCCGGUGGAGGAGAAGGGCCGCUUAGACGUCAACACGGAGCUCAACUCCAGCAUCGAGGAUCUGCUUGAGGCCAUGCCCGCCAGUGACACCACCGUGACCUUCAAAUCGGAAGUGGCUGUCCUUUCUCCCGAGAGGGCCGAAAAUGAUGACACUUACAAAGAUGAUGUAAAUCACAAUCAGAAGUGCAAAGAGAAGAUGGAAGCAGAAGAAGAGGAAGCAUUAUCCAUCGCCAUGGCAAUGUCUGCCUCCCAGGAUGCCCUGCCAAUAGUUCCUCAGCUACAAGUUGAAAAUGGAGAGGACAUAAUCAUUAUACAGCAAGAUACACCAGAGACUCUUCCAGGACACACCAAAGCAAAGCACCAUUAUAGAGAAGAUGCCGAGUGGCUCAAAGGUCAGCAGAUAGGCCUCGGAGCAUUUUCUUCUUGUUAUCAAGCUCAAGAUGUAGGAACUGGAACUUUAAUGGCUGUGAAACAGGUGACAUAUGUCAGGAAUACAUCUUCUGAGCAAGAGGAGGUAGUUGAAGCACUGAGAGAAGAGAUCAGGAUGAUGAGCCAUCUGAAUCAUCCUAAUAUCAUUCGAAUGUUGGGUGCUACGUGUGAGAAGAGCAAUUAUAAUCUUUUCAUAGAAUGGAUGGCAGGAGGAUCUGUGGCUCAUUUAUUGAGUAAAUAUGGAGCUUUCAAGGAGUCAGUAGUUAUUAACUAUACUGAGCAAUUGCUUCGUGGCCUUUCUUAUCUCCAUGAGAAUCAGAUCAUUCACAGAGAUGUCAAAGGUGCCAAUUUGCUAAUUGACAGCACAGGUCAGAGAUUGAGAAUUGCUGACUUUGGAGCUGCAGCUAGAUUGGCAUCAAAAGGAACAGGCGCUGGAGAGUUUCAGGGACAGUUGUUGGGAACAAUUGCAUUUAUGGCACCUGAGGUACUAAGAGGUCAACAAUAUGGUCGGAGUUGUGAUGUAUGGAGUGUUGGCUGUGCUAUUAUAGAAAUGACUUGUGCUAAACCACCUUGGAAUGCAGAAAAACACUCUAAUCAUCUUGCUUUGAUAUUUAAGAUCGCUAGUGCAACUACUGCUCCUUCAAUACCCUCACAUCUAUCUCCUGGCUUACGAGAUGUGACUCUUCGUUGUUUAGAACUUCAACCUCAGGACAGACCUCCUUCAAGAGAGCUACUGAAGCAUCCAGUCUUCCGUACUACCUGGUAGCCAGUUAUAUAAAAUGAUUUUAAAGAACUGAUAUUAAAUAGAAGAAAAACUCUUGACAGUGCUUUUGAGCACAACCACGUGAAUCAUUCUGCUGGCUUUAAUCCACCAAACAACAAACUGAGGCCAGUGGAGGACCCUUACCGAAGUAUGUGAUUGACAAAUCAAGAUCUUUACCUAAGCUCAGUAUGCAAAAUUCCACAACUUGUGCAGAAACUGUAAACUGUGCCUUUCAAAGAACUGGCCCUAGGUGAACAGGAAAGCAAUUAAGUCUGCAUAUAACUAGUAGCAGAUGCAUAAUUUUAUUUUUUUUUGGAGCACUUUUUCAGCAAUAUUAGCAGCUGAGGGGCUCAGGUUCUAUUUUAAUAUUGCAAUUACUCUUCAAUUUCACAUUGUGAUCAUGAGCAGGGGAUUCUGCAAUUCCGUUCAGGUUUUUGGUUUUUUUGUUGUUUUUUUUGUUUUUGUUUUUGUUUUUUGCUUUGGUCACUGGCUAUAAAGAAAAUCACUAUCUUCUUCUUUUAGACCUGAGUAGGCACUACUUGAGUAGUGUUUGUUGUUUUUUUGUUUUGUUUUGUUUUUGUUGUUGUUGUUUUUUUAAGAAAACAAAAAUUUUUUUAAAAGAAUUGAUGCUUCCAUUAUGAACCCACAUUUGGCCUUCAUUUUUUUUAAGUGGGCAAUUGUGGAUCAUUGUGCAUUUUUACUGUUGGCCCAUUCAUUUCUUUUUUUUUUUUUUUUUAAGAGUUAUGGUUCCAUAUUUUCAUUUUGUUUUUAUUUUUGUUUAACAUUCAGGGACAGGUGAUCUUUUCAAACCACACAAUAAUAAUAAAACAAAAACUUUAGAAUUAAGUAUAAAACACAUCUCAUUAAAUAUCUUGCUAUUGGGUUUUCUUGUUAAAUUGGAAUAUAAAGUGCUACUACCUUCAUUGAGUCAAUGAUUUAGGUUUUGCUAGUGCCGGUUUUAUAAAAAGAAAAUGGAAAAUCAACUUUUUUUUACUUGGCUUAUGAUCAAGAUCCAGGUUUUUUGGUAUCUGUUGAUCUUUUUCAUUUUUAGCAAUUUCCUCUGGCAAAGAGUAGAAAAUUUCACACCAAAUUAAGUCUUACUCUGGGUAUAAUAAAAAUUGAUUCACUCUCACCACUGAUAAUAACAUUUUAACUGCUGUUUUCUUUCUGCCAUACAUCAUUUAUUCUCAGUUGAUCUGGCUAAUUGAAUGGAAAUUAUACCUUAGUUUCACCUUUUUCUAAAUAAAGGUGUUUUUAAGAAAUUUAUCUUGGAACUUGAAAAAAUGUUCAAUUCUAAGAGUGAAGAAUAUCAUUUAUACUAUUUCCUUGGGUUUUGCACAAUUUCCUAAUGGUUUUAGAGGCAAGAUUUUGAAUCUGAUGCAUGUGAUCCUGAAGGAACAUGGCAGCUGUUCUUGGGCUUUUAUGGAUGAGUCUUUUCAAUCAAGUACUGAUUAUUUAAUAUAAUUUUUAAUGUAAAUUUUAACUCUUCAGAGGCCAGUUGAAUUGUCAGAGUGAAACAGAAUUGGUUAUUCUCAAAGACUCAGGACAAACUAAAUAAGCUAUAUAGUACACUAAAAAUGUACAGUACUAAUUGGAAGCAAAAUAAGUUCCAGGUUUACAGGGAUAUGUACCAUUUUUUAAGAAAUUGUGAAUGUGUGUUUCUUAGGGAAAUUUUACAUUCCUUUGUUUUGGAGGAUUGGCAAUCUUUGAAGAGUUAAAAGGAAAAAACCAACAACAGCAGUACUGAAAUGUGAAGUUUGGUAGCUUUGACUGUAAUGUACUUGACUUUCUUUUUUUUUUUUUUUUCCUUUAUUGAACUACUUAGAAUUUUCACAAUUCUAAUAAGAUUGUUUCCAAGUCUCUCAUGUGCAAGCUUUAAAGGAUGCACUCUUGCCAUUUUAUAUACUGGAAGAUCAGUUGUCAGAUCAAGGUUUUCUGACAAAUGUAAACUGUAUAAACUGAUGAACCUCAGCUAAUCAGUAUUACUUUGUAGAUCACCAUGCCUACCACAUUUCAAACUCAAACUGCCUCUAGAUGUCAAAAUGCAUUUUGUUUGAGUUUGUUUGCAUUUCCCUCAGCUUGCUGGUAAUUGUGGUGUUUGUUUUGUUUGUGUGUGUGUGUGUGUGUGUGUGUGCGCGCGCGCGUGUGCGCAUGCGUGAGUGUGUGUGGUGUGUUUGUAUGUUUUUAAAUGCAGAUGUGAUGUAAUAUUCUUAUUUUCUUUGGAUCAAAGCUGGACUGAAAAUUGUAUUGUGUAAUUAUUUUGUGUUCUUAAUGUUAUUUGGUACUUAAGUUGUAAAUAGCGUCUACUGCUGUUUAUUCCAGUUUCUACUACCUCAGGUGUCCUAUAGAUUUUCUUCUACCAAAGUUCACUUUCACAAUGAAAUUAUAUUUGCUAUGUGACUAUGAUUCCUAAGACUUCCAGGGCUUAAGGGCUAACUUCUAUUAGCACCUUACUGUGCAAGCAAAUGUUACAAAAAUCUCUGGGUUAAGAAUUUGGCUUAAAUGUAUCCUUUUGUUAUUUUAAAUAUAUCAAGAUAUUUUAAUUAAAAGUUUUUACCCCAUUGAACCAAUUUUAUAGUAUUUGUACCUAUUUUGGUGUUUUGUCUUUAUAGUAAAUAAAAGUUUUUGAACAAA